ACAUUACUAGCACCUUUUUUUUUGUAUCCUACUCACAAUCUCACAGCGCCAUACAAUUCCAGCAACGCGCAUCCGCGCACCCUCCGAAUCCGCACCUACAACGAGCCACCCGUAUACCGAACCCGUCGAACCCGUACUUUUGACUCGUGCGCUCGAGCGUCCGCCGUCAUGCCUAGCACUCACAACGCCGAAAAGCCCUGGGACACUGGCGACGUUGAUAAAUGGAAGAUCGAACCCUUCAAACCAGAAGAUAAUGCCGGCGGAACAUUUACAGAAGAGAGUCGAUUUUCUACCCUCCUCCCGAAGUACAGGGAAGCAUACAUCAAGGGCUGUUGGAAAUUUGUAACGCAGACUCUUGCAAAGCACGGUAUUGGGUGCGAGCUCGAUUUGACUGAAGGUUCAAUGUCUGUGUGGACGACUAGGAAAACGUGGGAUCCUGCUGCUAUCCUGAAUGCGAGGGACCUCCUCAAGCUUCUAGCAAGAUCCGUUCCAGCUCCAAAAGCAGUUGAGAUAUUCCAUGACGAUAUCGCGGCGGAUAUCAUUAAGAUCCGCAAUCUUGUGGGGAACAAGGAUCGGUUUGUGAAAAGGAGACAGCGCAUAUUAGGUCCCAAUGGUUCGACGUUAAAGGCCUUAGAACUUUUGACUGAAACGUAUAUCCUGGUACAGGGAAAUACCGUCGCCGUGAUGGGACCGUACAAAGGACUGAAACAAGUUCGACGAAUAGUCGAAGACACGAUGGCCAAUAUUCACCCAAUUUACAGCAUCAAGGAGCUUAUGAUCAAGAAGGAGCUGGCGGCCGAUCCACAGCUUGCCGACCAGUCAUGGGACCGAUUUUUGCCCAACUUCAAGAAGAAGGCGCAGAGCAAGCGUCGUGUGCCGCACAAGGUUACCGACAAAACCACUAAGACCUACACACCGUUCCCACCAGCACAGGAGAAGAGCAAGGUCGAUUUGCAGAUUGAGAGCGGAGAGUACUUCCUUGGAAAGCAGGCUAAGGAGCGCAAGAUUAAGGAGGAACGAGAGGCAAAGAUGAAGGAGAAAAUGGAGGAGAAGCGGAAGGAUCGAUUGAGUGACUACGUUGCGCCUGAAGAAGACGGGGAGAAGAAGAAAAAGAAGAAGCGCAAGCGGGAAGAGGGCGAAGAAAAGGAAAAGAAGAAAAAGAGGAAGUCAACUGAUGCUGAUGCCGACUCGGAUUGA